AUGGUGGCAGCAGACCAAUUUCAAGGGCUAAUUUCCACCAACAUUGACAUAGAAGAUGAAACAGAUCUUUCUGAUGAUGAUGAAGCACCAGAGGACCUUACGGAUGACCCACGCUGCCCCAUCAUCCUACUUUCGAAAGAGGAGAAGGAGAAGAUUCGCAGACCAUGGAAACAAGCAUUAAUCAUCAAAAUGUUUGAUAGCAAAAUAGGUUAUAUGUCACUAAUGAAGAGAUUGAAGAAAAAGUGGGAACUCAAAGGAGGUUUGAUCCUAACUGACAUUGGCUAUGAAUAUUUCAUUGCCCGUUUUUCUAAUGUGGAAGACUAUAACUAUGUCCUAACACAAGGACCAUGGAUGCUGGACGACAAUUACCUUACAAUUCGGAAAUGGGUACCAAAUUUCAUCCCUGAUGACUCCCCUAUAAGAUUCUUAACAGCCUGGGUUAGAAUUCCUAACCUAGCUGUAGAGUACUUUGAUAAAGAGUUCCUUCAGAAGAUAGGUAACAAAAUUGGCAAGGUCACUAGAAUUGAUCACAACACGGCAUUGGCACAACGAGGUCAAUUUACAAGACUAAGUGUUGAACUUGAUCUCAACAAACCCCUGCUAUCAAAAUUCUGGCUACGUGGCCGUAUCUGGAAGGUUCAAUAUGAAGGAUUACGACUAAUCUGCUUUAAUUGUGGCAAAAUUGGCCACUUAGGGGAAGAAUGUCCUAAUAGCCUCACCACAAAGGAUAUCUAUCAUGAAGAAGCAAUGGAAACCCAUGCUACAGAAGCCAUUGAGAUAAACAAAUCACCAGUAGAGGUCCAAGACUUUGGCUCAUGGAUGAUGGUUAAGAAACCUCCACCACGCCGCCGACCACCGCGGAUUGACAAACAAGGGGCAGAAGCGGGCAAAACGGGAAAUACGGUGCAACAGGGAGUAAACCCUAACCCUAGAGGGAAUCAAGGGGGAUCAAGAUUUACUAUUUUAGAGGAGGAAAAUCAGGAAAAUAUCAAUGAUAAACAUGGUAAGACCUUGACAACCGGAAUUACGAAAGGAGUAUCAAAUAACUUUGAAACUGUUGACUUGGGAUUAUCCUCUCAACCAAAUAAUACCAUUAUUAAUCCUUUUAAUAUUGGAAGAAAUUCACAGAAUCCCGGUUUUGAGGGUAACAAAUCAGGAGGGCAGAAGCAAUGGAAGGAAAUUAGGAAACACAAGGACUCUGCACCAAAAUCUAUCCUAAAGAACAUUACCAAUGCCCUACCCAAAGAUACCCAAAAGAUAUAUACGCCUCCUACAAGUCUAGGACAAGAAAACACAGAGAUUAUUUUCCAAGCCUCCACAGAAGAUACCUCAAAGCUCCAUCACCUCGAAACUAAUCAAGCAACAAGUGGAGAAAACUCGAUCUCCCAUGUCUCAGCCACACCCAUCACCUAUAGUGCUUCGAAUCCCACCAGAGAAGGUGGUCUGCGCGGGCUAUCCGACAUUGGAACCAUAUUUGGGAAUAGUAGACCCCCUGACACACAAGCUGGAAGUGGAAAUUCACUCAUGGAGGGCAUCGAAUUAAGUGAUGCCAGAACUCAUGAUCACACUAAAGAUCCCCAAUGA